AUAUCACCCCGUGUUGUACCUUAACCUCACUGAUUGUCUACGUCGCCCUAACCUCAAAACUCGACCGAGUGAUCUGUUGUUUAAAUCAUUAACAUUGUUAUGUGGUGAAUAAGAAAGUUGAAAAAAUGUCAGACGAUGAAGUGGAACGUUUUGAAAUCACGGAUUAUGAUUUGGACAAUGAGUUCAAUAUCAAUCGUCCCCGGAGGAAGCUCACGAAGCAGCAGCAAAUGCUGGGUGUGUGGGCUGACGACAGCGAUGAAGAGGCUCCACCAGGACCGCUAGUGGGAGGAUUCAAAGGGGCAUCGAAAGCCCCAAAAAAUUACACAGCUCCUGUCAGUUUCGUCGCCGGUGGGAUUCAACAAUCAGGAAAACCGAAGGAGGAGAAUAAAGACGAUGAUGAUGAUGACGAUGACACGGGGAGGGCCAGACGUGGAGACGCUGACUACGUGCCCAACAGCUCCAGUGAUUCUGAAUCGGAGAACGUGAAGAGUGGCCCAUCAAGACCAUCCCUUUCGAUGCACCUUGAAGGGGACAUAGCAGGUCUUCGCAGAAAGCGUGUCCCUGUGAAUCCAGCUCUCAUGAAAAGCGGAGUGGGGGGUUGGGAGAGACACACUAAAGGAAUAGGAGCGAAGUUGCUCCUUAAAAUGGGUUUCGAGCCGGGCAAAGGUCUGGGUAAGAAGCUCCAGGGUAUCUCCGCCCCUGUGGAAGCGCAUCUCCGACGGGGUCGUGGAGCUAUCGGGGCCUAUGGGCCCGAGAAGAAAGUCAAACUCUCCGAGAAACCUAAAGACGAGGACGAAGAGGAAGAGAAACAGUUCAAAGUGAAAUUGUCUCAGUGGAGGAAGACAGAUACUGCUGCCACAAAAAAGAAAAUAAGAUACUGCUAUCGAAGUGUUGAUCAAGUCCUCGAAGAUGGCAAACUGCGACCGAAUAUCAAAUCCACAGGGGCAGCUGGUGGUGAAUUGAGCAGAGUCAAGGUGAUAGACAUGACAGGACCAGAGCAGAGGAUUCUCAGUGGUUAUCACGCUAUUUCAGGACAAAAACGACCGGACGAAUCACUUCCAGAACCUGACAAACGAUCUCCAGUCAACUUUUCACUUCCUGAACUGCAGCAUAAUCUGAAUCUCCUUGUGGACAUGUGUGAACAGGAUAUUAUCCAGAACGACAGGAGGACUCGACACCUUGGGGAUCGAGUUGUGGCCCUUGAGGCCGAGAAGAAGAGCAUUGCGAAGGUCGUCAGUCACCACGAGAAGCUCAUAGACACUCUGGAGAGUGUGUGCGCCAUUGUGGACAGGCUCAUGGACAAGAGUGAGGAUUUGUCGUUGAAAGAGACAGCAGAAGCCUUCAAGCGGCUUCAGGACAGGUACUAUGAGGAGUACAAAAUAUACGACAUGGGGGAACUGGCCAGUAGCUUCGUCGGGUCCAAGGUCAAGGACUAUUUAUCAACCUGGAACCCCUUGGUGGAUCCUAAACUGCCGGUGAGCUUGAUGAAGGAGUGGAAGGAUAUCCUGGAGACUGGGACGAGUACACUGCAAGUCAAGGAUGGAAUGCAUCCUUAUGAUCAGCUCGUCUGGAAUGCCUGGAUGCCCUCCAUGAGGGGAGCUGUCCAGCAGUGGGCCUGCAGGCAACCCGAUCCUCUGAUAGAACUCAUCGAGUGUUGGAUGCCCCUUCUGCCUCCCUGGAUCCUUGAGAAUAUUUUAGAUCUCCUCGUUUUGCCCAAAUUAACCCUAGAAGUUGAGGAAUGGAACCCAUUGACUGACACCGUUCGAAUUCACACGUGGAUUCACCCUUGGUUACCCCUCAUGGGCAACAGAAUGGACACCCUCAUAUACCCGAUAAUCAGGAGAAAAUUGGGCUCUGCAUUGGGAGCUUGGCACCCUUCGGACAGGUCUGCAAGGCUCAUGCUCCAGCCCUGGGCGGAGGUAUUCUCAAAAGGGGACAUGGAGGCCUUCCUGGUCAAGAAUAUCGUUCCCAAACUACAGAUUGCACUCUCGGAAUUUGUUAUCAAUCCCCAUCAGCAACAUUUGGACCACUGGAACUGGGUUUACGAGUGGGCGACACUCUUACCUCCUCAUACUAUGGUGGGACUGCUCGACAAGUUCUUCUUCCCCAAGUGGCUGCAGGUGUUGGCCUUGUGGCUCAAUCAUUCACCGAAUUACGAUCAGAUAACGCAUUGGUAUAUGGGAUGGAAAAACAUGUUGAGUGAGAAGCUGUUGGCAGAGCCUCUUGUCAAAGAUCACUUCAAAAAGGCGUUAGAUAUGAUGAAUCGUGCGGUAUCUACUCCCCAGGGUCACCAACCCGGUGCUAUGGAGCAAGUAUCCUAUCUGACGAGUUUAGAACGUACACAACCAACGAUGACACAAAUUCCAGCAACAGCGCAACCAAGAAUCGAGAGGCUUGCGGAAGCUGUCAGAACGGCGUCGCAGAUACCGCAGGGAUUCAAGGACCUCGUGCAGAAAAGAUGCGAAGAGCGAGGUAUACUCUUUAUGCCAAUUCCAAAUCGAUACAGGGAGGCUAAGCAAGUAUACAAAGUUGGCAAUAUACAGGCGUACAUUGAUGGAAAUGUGUUAUUUGUUUGUCAUAAUGGAGCCAACUGGGUUCCCACGCAUCUCAAUGCACUUUUAGAUAUGUCAGAACUUUAAUUAUUGAUUGAACUUAUUUAAUUAAGACUAGGGUAGAGCUUGACCAAUUAUAGACCAAAAAUAAAAAAAAAAUCUCAUUUUAUUUAA